GUGUCCAAAACCCAUUGCGUGAAUUUCUCCGUUGCCGUGACGAAGUCGGUUAUCUCCUGUUCUAUAAAUAAAACGCCGCACGCCUUGCCUUUCCACCGUUGUUAUUCACUUAUUCUCUUCCCUUCUCUCGUGAAGCUCUCGGAAAUUAAUCAAAAAGCCCCUUCAAGAUGCAGAUCUUCGUUAAGACCCUCACCGGAAAGACGAUAACUCUCGAGGUCGAGAGCAGCGACACCAUCGAUAACGUCAAAGCCAAAAUCCAGGACAAAGAAGGAAUCCCUCCAGACCAGCAGCGUCUCAUCUUCGCCGGAAAGCAGCUUGAGGAUGGCCGUACCCUGGCCGAUUACAACAUCCAAAAGGAGUCAACCCUCCACCUUGUCCUUCGUCUCCGCGGUGGCAUGCAGAUCUUUGUCAAAACCUUGACCGGAAAGACUAUUACUCUGGAGGUCGAGAGCAGCGACACCAUUGAUAACGUUAAGGCUAAGAUUCAGGAUAAGGAAGGGAUUCCCCCAGACCAGCAAAGGCUCAUCUUUGCUGGAAAACAGCUCGAGGACGGUCGCACUUUGGCCGAUUAUAAUAUUCAGAAGGAAUCUACCCUUCACCUCGUGCUCCGUCUGCGUGGAGGGAUGCAGAUUUUCGUUAAGACCUUGACUGGAAAAACUAUUACCCUCGAGGUGGAGAGCAGCGACACUAUUGAUAAUGUCAAGGCAAAAAUACAGGACAAGGAGGGUAUCCCACCAGACCAGCAGAGGCUGAUCUUCGCCGGGAAACAGCUGGAAGAUGGCCGGACUUUGGCUGAUUACAACAUUCAGAAGGAAUCCACUCUCCACCUUGUGCUCAGGCUUCGUGGAGGGAUGCAGAUUUUCGUUAAGACCCUGACUGGGAAGACCAUCACUUUGGAGGUGGAGAGCAGCGACACCAUUGAUAAUGUGAAAGCGAAGAUUCAGGAUAAGGAGGGUAUUCCUCCUGAUCAGCAGAGGCUCAUCUUUGCUGGGAAGCAGCUGGAGGAUGGAAGGACUCUGGCUGAUUAUAACAUCCAGAAAGAGUCGACCCUUCACCUUGUCCUGCGUCUUCGUGGUGGGUUCUGAGUAGUUUCUAAGUUUCUACUAUGAAUUUGUGGUGUCUGGGAGUUCUAAAUUAUUGGGUCUCUCUUAUUUUCAGAUGUGAUGUGUGAUUGGCCUUUGCAAGGCCUUGUGAAUAAUGUUUGUAUUUUCCUUAUCGUUUAUUAAAUAAAAAUUCAUCUAUUUCUGUUCCAUUCA